AUGCGGAACUACCACGAGUACGCGACGAACACCAAACUGGGCUCAUUGACAUUCGAUCUACGCAAAGGCAAGACACGCUAUGGCAUGACCAGCCGCUCAAUGGCAGUCAAUGGUAUUGAUGUGGUCCUGGACAGUGUGGACGACGCCGUGGUGUGGGAGGGCAGGGUCACAUUACAAAGCGACAGAUACGAUG